AUGCAUUGCUACAUUUCAUCGUCGCUGAAGGAUGGCGGGAUGGGUCUCCCGUUGAAACAGCCAAAGGCCAUCCUUGACCACAUCACGUUCAAGAAGAUGGGUGUUGUUACAAAACUAGCGCCGAAUUUGGGCUCGUAUUCUAAAGAGGUGGAUAUAUUCGACCUACGCUGGCAGCCAUGUUGCAUAUGGUUCAAACUAUCCACGGCUGAAACAAGCUUAAACGCAAGUAUGAUCCGGACCGGGUUGCUCUGGUACCGUUUGUGUGUCGGAAGCGGAGGUGAAGACUGGUGCCGACUUGGACGCGAGGACCAUGGGACUUGCAAAGCGGCCACGGUGACGAAUCUAGGUGACCCUGCUGAACCGUUGAUUUUAUGGAUGGACGCGGCAGCCGCGGGAUACUAUAUCACGUUUGGCAAAUUUGGGAAUUGGGAGCUUUUUGCAUCUGAAAAAAAAUGGAUGUAG